ACCCGAUAUGAGCUACGCUGCUGCUGCCGCUGCUGGCACUAAUUCCGUGCAAUCGAAUGGAAAUCGCCCUGUUAGGUCUCCUGCCGGUGCUGUUGCGGAAAUCAACACUGAUGAUUCUUAUAAUUCUGCUGCUGUUAAAUCUUCAUCUGUCAGGCCGACUGCUGUUAGUACAAUGCCAACCACAAGUGGUACGAAUGUUACACAUGGCAACAUAUAUGAACGAAGUGCUGAUAAAUCUGUUGAUGCUAUUGCGGCCGCUAAUGAAAAUGGUGGCGACUCUGCUGCUGCCCGAAAUUUAAAUAGGCCCAAACGCAUAAACAUUGUUCAUGGGCGUAAUAAUAAUACAGAUCUCGAGGUGGUCUUUAAGAAGAAAUGGUUGCACAUUUCCUCCUUUAAACCGUCUGUAUCUGAGGAUAACCUUAUUGCGUAUGUAUCUAAACAUGCAAAGAUCGAUAGUACACACCUUACGUGCUACAAAUUAGUAAAAAAAGGAACUCCACUUGAGAGUCUUCGGAGCGUGAACUUUAAGAUUGGUGUGAUAUCUUCCCUCUACAACAACAUCUUAAAUCCAAAUGUGUGGCCGUCUGAUAUCAUUGUGCGGCCCUUUCGAUUUUUUCAACCAGAAGCUAACCAAGGAAGUUCCAAAUAGUGUUAUACAGUCUAAUGCCGAAUAUACAUGCAAAAAUCUGAAUAUAUACUUCCAGAAUAUGGGUGGAAUGCGCACAAAAGCUAAAGAAGUCUUUCUUUGUUCUUCACGUAUGGAUUAUGACAUAUAUAUCUUUGUGGAAACUUGGCUUAAUAGUAAUUUCUUCAGUGAAGAAUACUUUGAUCCCAACAUUUUCCAGACUUAUAGGAAAG